ACUAGUACCAAUAUGUCCCUCGUGGGAAAUAAACCAGAGCAAAGAAAGUAGUACAAAGAAGUUGACCUUUCUUACUACAAGUCUCCAAACUUUUAAUUAUACCGACAAGGAGAUGAUCAAGGAUCUCAUCUCUCCCUCAUUGUUGUUCUUCUUUUGAUCCCUUCUUGUCUUGAUCUUCUAUGGCGAUCCCUUCCUUCUUCUCCCUAACUUUACAAUUUUACCCUCCGAGUAGACUCGUUCCUACUCGACUCACUCUCUCCUCCUCCACCGUCUGCUGCCUCUCUGUAGACCGCCCGAUCAACCACGCUUCCGCCGCAAAGAACAAAGACAUCUCCGCCUUACGAGCUGUGAUAACCGCCGGAGGCACCGCCGGACACAUCUCCUCGGCGCUAGCCAUCGGCGACGAGCUCAAAUCCGCCGACCCUCUAGCUCAAAUCCUCUUCAUCGGAUUCCCAAACAGCAUGGAGAGCACGACCGUCCCCUCCGCCGGAUUCGACUUCUCGGCGAUCCCCACCGUCGGAUACUCGUCCUCUCGUCCCUUCCUCUGCUUCGCCUCCUUCCUACGCUUCCCGCUCCUCCUCAUCAAAUCCACCUUCGAGUCCUACAAACUCCUCCGCGAGUUCAAACCCCAGAUCGUCGUCGGCACCGGAGGCCACGCCUCCUUCCCCGUCUGCUUCGCCGCCGCGAUCAUGCGCCUCAAGCUCGUGAUCCAGGAGCAAGACUCCAUCCCCGGGACCACCAACUGGAUCCUCUCUUUAUUCGCCCACACGAUCUUCACUCCUUUCAACUGCACCGUCUCCAACCUCCCCAAACGCGCCGCCGCUAAAUGCGUCGUCUACGGGAACCCGAUAAGACAAGCUUUAAGACGGUACGUGUCGAAAGGAGCCGCGCGUGUGAGCUUCUUCGGACAGUGGGCGGGAGCCGUGUCGGACGCGAGAGUGGUGCUUGUGCUUAGCGGGUCUUUGGGAGCGAACGCUAUCAACAUAGCUUUGCUUAACUGUUACUUGCAGUUGUUGUCUGAACAUGAGAACUGGUUCUUCGUCUGGCAAACUGGUGUCGAGGCUUUUGAUGAAAUGGAUAGUCUCGUUAGAAGCCAUCCUCGUCUCUUUCUAUCUCCGUUCUUGAGAAAUAUAAGUGUAGCUUAUGCGGCAGCAGAUUUGGUUAUCUCGAGAGCUGGUGCUAUGACUUGCUCAGAGAUCAUGGCGUUAGGGAAGCCUUCUGUUCUGAUACCAUCACCACAUACUGAUGAAGGGGAUCAAGAAAGGAGUGCUUCUUUGAUGGCGGACAUUGUUGGCUCAAAGGUAAUAACAGAGGAAGAGCUAGAUACGAUCACUCUUCGAGCUGCAAUAGAAGAGAUUCUAGGGAAUGAAGAGCUGAUGAGAGAGAUGAGUGAGCGGGCGUUAAAAGCUGGGAAACCUGACGCUGCAUUAGAUGUUGCUAAACAUAUUAUUUCUAUUGUCAAACCAGAAGAUAAGUAAGUUAGAUUCUUGUACGAAUAAACAUUUGUGUGUAGACCACGUGGUCUUUGGGCAUGAGUGAUUUAUCUGUUGUGGACUUGCAAAACUUUGUUUAGUAACGAGUUUUGCUCACUUCUGAGAUUGAUCUACCGGUCCAAAAUGUAGUAGUAAAAAAACGACUUACGAACAUGUUAUUCACGUGUAAGAGUUUUGAUU